CCCCUUGAAUAUCAAGCACGCAUAUGAUAUAUCCGCCGCAGUAAAUAAAAAAUUACCUCGUAUGUGAGCAUGAUUCAUGGUGCAGUUAUGCAUUAUGCCCGAUUAUACCUCAAAACAUGAAUCAAAUAACAAGAUUGAUGGUUAUAAUAAAUUCAAUGAAAUAAAUGUGUGAAAAAGCCUUGAAAACGUUGAACAGAACUAUUAUUUUUUAUUGUUAAAUCGUUGACGAUUAACAAUGAUAAUUAUUAAUCAGUGAUAUCAUUUGUUUUCCUAGUCGAAUGUUAUUACAAUUGUUGAAAAUCUGUUAUAGUGUUUACCUUCAUUCCAAUUGAACAGAGUGAAAAGGAGUGGGUGAUUUCUAUUGUUAGAUAAUAUAGAGGCUGUCAUUAAGAGUUCUUCGAGAGCAAUUGUCAAUUAAUUUCUGUUGAAAUUAAUACCAACAAUGGCUGGUGAACAAUUUUCCCUCGUAUGGAACAGUUUUCCAACGAAUUUAUCGUCUGGUUUGUACUCACUGCUGUCUGAUGAACAUCUUGUGGAUGUCACGUUGGCUGCUGAGGGAAAAAUACUCAGGGCACACAAAUUAAUUUUGUCUGUGUGCAGCACAUACUUCAGAGAUUUAUUCAAGGGGAACAACUGUAAACAUCCCAUUGUUAUACUCAAGGAUGUUAAUUAUCGGGAUUUGUAUGCAAUGCUGCAGUUUAUGUACCAGGGAGAAGUGAAUAUCAAGCAGGAGGAUAUUUCGAGCUUCUUGAAAGUCGCUGAGACACUGCAAAUUAAGGGACUAACUAAGGACAAAAAUGAGAACACAGAAGAGCCAGACGAACAAUCUUGUGAACUCCUCGAGAAGAAAUUGAAAUCUGAAAAGGACGAGGAAAUGCCAGAGCCUGCAGAGUCACCAGACGACCUUCUGGAGGAGUUUCCACGGCCCUUCGAUCACCCCAGCUCUUCACAGACUGAUCUUCCAUCGAGCAACUCAUCAGAAAUUCCAACGUCUUCCAGUGUUACAUUACAAAUGUCCCCGGAAAGUCACCUCAAAUCGGAAACUGAUGUACCAGCGAUACAAUCGAUGUUCAACGAGAAUUACAUGAGCGUUGAGAGAAUACCCAGUGCUGAUGUUGAACCAUUAGAUUUCACCUCUGAUACCCAUCAAAUGCCUAAGGACAAACCAUUGGAUUACAGAUAUGGAAUGGGUUCGUCGACCUCAGGUGUUACGUCAGGGAAUUUGGAGAAUGACAGGCAAACACCAGUUGAGGGCAGUUCUUAUCAGUCAGAUUAUGGGGAGGAGCCACCUGGUCAUCAAGACGACGGGAAUUAUUCAAAAACCUUCCCCUACGACUCAUCCCAGCCAAAAUCGUCAAAAGGUCGCCGAACAGUGAAAGGAAUUCCCCACAGUACCCUCCCCUUGGAAACAACCCUUCGAGUUAUCUCUGAGCUCGGACCGACGCUCAGAGUCGAGAGGGGAAAAGUCGUGAGGAUGUACUCAUGUCCCUGGUGUUUGAGGCACUUCACGAGGAAGGAAAAUCUUAAACUCCACGUGAGGUACAUUCACGGUCCCCUCGAGAGCCUGACGUGCAAGCUCUGCGGGAACAAGUACAAGAACAGCAACAGCCUUCGUGUUCACUCGUAUCUCUACCACAACACCAAACGCUCCAAGCACAACAAGCCACUCGUACCCAGCAACUGAGAUUCGUCCGCAACAUUAUGUGUAUGAGAUUUUUUUCGUUUUAUUACAUUUUAUGGUUGUAGAGUAUUAUAAAUAUAAUUGUUAUGAACUUGUAAA